AUGGCCGACGUCGCUGUAGAGAAUCCAGUCAAUACUGUGCCACCUCACAAGAAGACGCUCCCGUCGGAUUCCAUGCCCGAGAUCGAUUCGUUCGAAGGAGUUGGAGCGAAUGGAGAGGAUGAAUAUUCAACACUGAAGCGACUGCAGCGACAUUUAGAAUACAUCAAGCUGCAAGAGGAGUACAUCAAGGAUGAACAGCGAUCACUCAAGCGGGAGUUGGUGCGAGCGCAAGAAGAAAUUAAGCGAAUACAGAGCGUGCCACUGGUGAUCGGACAAUUCAUGGAGGCGAUUGAUCAGAAUACCGGUAUCGUCCAGUCUUCAACAGGCUCUAAUUAUGUCGUUCGAAUUCUGUCUACCCUCGAUCGCGAAAAGCUCAAGCCAUCGUCUUCGGUCGCUCUGCACCGACACUCCAACUCGCUCGUCGACAUCCUUCCGCCCGAGGCUGACUCAUCGAUUGCAAUGCUUGGAGCGGACGAGAAGCCUGAUGUGACCUACGCCGAUGUUGGAGGUCUCGACAUGCAGAAGCAGGAGAUCCGAGAAGCGGUGGAGCUUCCUUUGACGCACUUCGACCUCUAUAAGCAGAUUGGCAUUGAUCCUCCACGCGGCGUUUUGCUCUACGGUCCUCCCGGUACAGGCAAGACCAUGCUAGUCAAAGCGGUGGCGAAUAGCACGACGGCCAGCUUCAUACGAGUCGUUGGCUCAGAGUUUGUGCAGAAAUAUCUGGGUGAAGGCCCACGCAUGGUGCGUGACGUGUUCAGAAUGGCCCGCGAGAACUCACCCGCAAUCAUUUUCAUCGACGAGAUUGAUGCGAUUGCAACCAAGCGUUUCGAUGCUCAGACCGGUGCCGACAGAGAAGUGCAGCGUAUCUUGCUCGAGCUGCUGAACCAAAUGGACGGUUUCGACCAGACAGCCAACGUCAAAGUCAUCAUGGCCACCAACCGAGCCGAUACUCUGGAUCCUGCGUUGCUGCGUCCUGGUCGCCUGGACCGUAAGAUCGAAUUUCCCUCACUACGCGACCGGCGAGAACGACGACUGAUCUUUUCGACGAUUGCAAGCAAGAUGUCAUUGUCCCCUGAAGUUGACCUGGACUCACUGAUUGUCCGCAACGACCCACUAUCUGGUGCCAUUAUCGCCGCCAUCAUGCAAGAGGCGGGCUUACGAGCAGUGAGGAAGAACCGCUACAACAUCAUCCAGUCAGACCUCGAAGACGCAUAUUCAAGCCAGGUCAAGGGUGCACAGGAGGCUGACAAAUUCGAUUUCUACAAGUAA